AUGGCACGCUCCUGUUCACUACUCAAGAAUGAGCCACAUCGACUCCUGUGCCUCGGCGCACACUACGACAUGGCGCUCAAGCUCCAACAGAAGCUCGUCCCUCACUUUGUCUACUGCGCGAUUCUGACCAAGAUCGAACCCAAAAAGACAUACUCGCUCGAAAACUUCGAACUCAUGCUCGAUGCCAUCUACCCUCCCCCCGAGGGCGUCAUCGUCGGCGGAGGUUUCAGCGAGGAUGAAGGCGAGGAGAUGCGCCGCAUGGUGGCCACGCGGAAGGACGAAAACGGCGAGCCCAUGAAGUUCGUCAAGGUGCCCACGGGCACGCUCGAGCAGAGUGGGCCGGAGGGGCUGGUCAACACGAUUCGCGAGCUGUUGGGCAAUGCCUUUGGGGUCGAAUGGUGA